UCUUUGUCUGUGUUUGUACGCAUAGUGUCUAUAUUACUUUAUCUGCAGAAUCACAAGGAAAUGCCAUGCUUUCUGGUGGAUCUGUGAUUACCUAUUGUCCCUCCUUUUGUUUCUCAAAAGAAUGAGAGAAAAUCAUCCAGAGCUAUGGCUAGUUACAUUUAUGGCGCUUUUGAUCACUCUGGUUGUUACAAAACUAAUACAAUCGAAGUUGAAGAAGGCAGAGAAAAGAACACGGCGGUUGCCUCCGGGAAGAAGAGGCUGGCCUUUGAUCGGUGACAGCAUCAAUUGGUACAAUGCAGUUGCAAGUUCUCAUCCUCCUCAAUUUGUUGAAGAAAUGGUUCACAGGUAUGGUAGGAUAUUUUCUUGCAGCCUAUUUGGGAAAUGGGCCGUGGUGUCAGCAGAUCCUAGCUUCAACCGCUUUGUGAUGCAAAACGAAGGGAAAUUAUUUCAGUCGAGUUACCCAAAAUCAUUCAGAGAUUUGGUUGGUAAAAAUGGUGUGAUCACAGUGCAAGGAGAACAGCAAAGGAAGCUGCAUGGGAUUGCCUCCAACAUGAUGCGCUUAGAGAAGCUAAAGUUCCAUUUCUUGAAUGAUAUUCAGAAGGUCAUGCUUCAAACUCUAGGCAAUUUCAAGAGCAAUCAAGUCGUCAUCCUCCAAGAUGUUUGCAGGAAGGUGGCCAUAAAUUUAAUGGUUAAUCAAUUAUUGGGAGUGUCGAGUGAAUCUCAAGUCAAUGAAAUGGCUCAACUGUUUUCUGAUUUUGUUGAUGGUUGUUUAUCUUUUCCUGUCAACAUGCCAGGGUUUACAUACCACACUGCUAUGAAGGCAAGGGAGAAAAUUAUAGGCAAGAUAAACAAGACCAUAGAAUUAUACAGGCGACAAGGUCCUGCAGGAGGAGGUAAUGGUGUGCUUGGAAGACUGCUGGAGGAAGAAAGCUUACCGGAUGAUGCAAUUGCAGAUUUCAUCAUCAAUCUUCUAUUUGCAGGGAAUGAAACUACCACUAAAACAAUGCUUUUCGCAGUCUAUUUCCUCACUCAUUGCCCUAAAGCCUUGAAACAGAUACUGGAUGAGCAAGAAUCUGUGAGGAGUAACUCAGGAGGAGGAGAAAUGCUUACCUGGCAAGAUUAUAAAGCAAUGCCAUUCACUCAAUGUGUGAUUGAUGAAACAUUGAGACUUGGGGGUAUUGCCAUUUGGUUACUGAGAGAAGCAAAAGAAGAGGUUAACUACCAAGAUUUUGUGAUACCAAAGGGAUGCUUUGUGGUUCCAUUUCUCUCAGCAGUUCAUUUGGAUGAGAAUGUGUACAGAGGAGCUUCAGACUUCAAUCCAUGGAGAUGGAUGGACCCUGGAAAUGAGGAAAAGAGGAACUGGAGGAGCAGUCCAUUCUAUGCACCCUUCGGAGGAGGUGCUAGAUUCUGUCCUGGAGCAGAGCUGGCUCGUCUUCAAAUUGCCCUUUUUCUUCAUUACUUUGUAACUACAUAUAGAUGGACACAAGAGAAGGAAGAUAGGAUGUCCUUCUUUCCCUCUGCUCGCUUAGUGAACGGCUUCGAAAUUCGCCUAACCAGAUGCCAUGAUCAUGAAACCAACUGAAACUGAAACAUCUCACCAUGUAUAUCUCUCUGUCUUGCCCCUUUUUUGCUGAGGGUUCACUCAGUUCUCUCAAGAAUGAUGUGUUUCAAGAUUUUCAGACA